AUGUCAACAACAACAACUUCGGGCCAUGAAGGCUCACCUAUUGAGAUCAAAAAAUGUUCACGUUGUCGUGUCAAGAGAAACCAUGAAUCCCCAGAACAACUAGCCAAAUAUGCUACUUGUAUUAGCUGCAGAACAAAGAGAAAAGUUGUCAAGACCCCUAUUGAUACUGCUGCUUUACCAAACAUGUAUACUGAUUAUAUUGCUUUCAUCAACAAAAUCAAGCUGAAUACUCAACAAGAUAUUUUGCAACAUCGUUAUAGAGGUUCCACAGAUCCGGAAGUUUUCAAAAGAUACCAAGUUAACUCUGAAAUUGACCCAGGUACUUAUCAAUACAUUGGUAAACAAUUGAUUGAAUUUUAUAUUCAUCCUUUAAUGGAUGCCACCGGUUAUAGAUUCCCAGUUCGUGAUUAUCAUAAAGGUGGUCGUAAAACUAAAAAAAUCACUUUUAUGUUUAUUUGCAGUCAAGAUCAAGGUAAACAAAGAAAAUCAAGAUCAAAUAAUGAAAGACAAAUUCAAAAUAAAUUAAAAGUUGAAGAUUGUGAAUCCAAAGUUUCAUUAAACUAUAGUUUACCAGAUGGGAUCAUUCAAAUCAUGUAUAAUCACAAGACUCAUCCACCUUAUGCAUGGAAAAAACAUUCAAUUAGAGAUGAAGAUCAUAAUCAUAAUCAAUUUGUCGGUGAUAAUCACCAUUAUCAACAACAACAAGAACAACAAAGAGCUAUUCAACAAGCAGCUAUGAACUUGGUUGAUGUUCAAAAUUUGGCUCAAUAUAACCAAUUACAAAACUUGGCUCAAUAUUCUCAACAAUUACAGUAUAAUUCAUCUCCAUCUCAAAGCCAAGCUCAACCUAGCCAACAAUCUAACCAACAGCAAGGACAAUCACCACAAGCGGUUGCAUAUGCUCAACAGGCCCAAGCACAAGCUCAGCAAUACCAACAAGCUCCUUACCAACAGACUCCUACAUAUGGUGAAAGUCAAUCCCAAACUCCUCAGACUCAAUCACAUCCACAAUCCGAAGAACCUGAACAAGCUGGUCAAUUAUUACCACAUCAAGAAGCCUUGAAUCAAAUCAUUCCAGAUCCUGUCAAGAAGGAUGACAAGAUUUCUGAUGACAAUAUUGAUAAAGAACUUAUCGGUUUGAACAAGUGA